AUGUUAAAUAUCCUGAUGCCACAAAUGGAUUUUCCCUUUUUUCCUCUUCCCGCUUGUCAUAAAAAGCACAAUUUUCCGAUUUUUUUUUUUUUUUCCCCCUUGGGAAUCCCUGAUGUGAAAAUUCAGGUAUAUUUUCAUGAUUCUGAUAGUUUAAAGUGCUUUUUGCCCUCGACAGGCAAAGACACAGUCACCAAGGACAACGGGAUCCGGCCCUCCUCCAUGGAGCAGAUGGGGAAGCUGAAGCCCGCGUUUGUCAAGCCCUAUGGAACUGUGACAGCAGCCAACUCCUCCUUCCUGACGGACGGAGCGUCGGCGAUGCUGAUCAUGUCCGAGGAGAAGGCCCUGGCCAUGGGGUACAAACCCAAGGCCUACCUGAGGGACUUCGUGUACGUGUCCCAGGAUCCCAAGGACCAGCUGCUGCUGGGCCCAACAUAUGCCACCCCCAAAGUGCUGGAGAAGGCCGGGCUCACCCUGAACGACAUCGACGUGUUCGAGUUCCACGAGGCCUUUGCUGGCCAGAUCCUGGCUAAUCUGAAGGCCAUGGAUUCAGACUGGUUUGCACAGAACUACAUGGGCAGGAAGUCAAAGGUGGGAGCCCCUCCCCUGGACAAGUUCAAUACCUGGGGGGGGUCCCUGUCGCUGGGACACCCCUUCGGGGCCACCGGCUGCCGCCUGGUCAUCACUGCUGCCCACAGGCUGAAGAAGGAGGGGGGACAGUUUGGCCUGGUGGCCGCCUGUGCUGCAGGGGGACAGGGCCACGCGAUGAUCGUGGAGCUUUACCCCCAGUAAGCGGUGCCCGUCCGUCCCGUGCCCGGCGAUGCCACCUCAAUGCACUAACAAAUCCUACACCCCCUCCUCCUCCGAGGGGGGGCUUUGUGGCCUUUAUCAAUCCCUUUUUAGCUACUCAG